CCGUCACCACCAAACCGUUGGCGACAUCUGAGCAACAAUGCGCACAAUUCCAUCACCCACCAUUCCAUUGGCUCCAACUGAUCGGCGCCCGCCAUGAUGCUGCUGAUGGUGUUGCUGUCGCUCGAGUCAAUUUCUAUCGAUGUAUCGCCUCGUGAACUUUACAUUUCUUCUUUUCCACUCAAGGAUUCCGGAUCGCAUCUUUUGACUACCACGUAUCCCUCGUGAGCGCGGACUCGACUGGGCGAAGAACUUGACGCUCGUGUGCUCUUCGAUCUGCAUACAUACUUCGCAACACUCAAUUUACACCGCAGUUAGCAACAUCGACAAUGGCGCAUCACAACCGCAUUGAGCAGCUCGAGAACUGGCGAAGUGAUCUCAAUCAGGGAGGCUUCUACGACCAAUUAGCCGCUGGAAAGAUUGCGACUUCAGAGCCUCACGCGGCCGCCAUUGGCAAUGGCUCGGUGCAGCCAUACUUUGUUCCUGUGCCAAUCACCAUCAAGGCUCAGCUCGGAUCUCCAACCGCGCUCGCCAUCGGCGCCUUCUCCACAACCCUCACGACCCUCAGCUUUGCCCUGAUGGGUUUCCGGGGUGUCAGCGUAACGAAUGCCUUCAUUGGUGAUUUCUUCGGCGUUGCAGGUAUCGGCAUGGUCAUCUCCGCCAACUGGGAACUCGUCCUCGGCAACACAUACGCAUACACCGUCUUGUCUGCGUUUGGUCUUUUCUACGCUGGCUUCGGAUUCAUCGUCACCCCGUCGUUCGGCGUCAGAGAGUCGUAUACGACUGAAGCCGAAUACUACAAUGCGCUCGGCUUCUUUGUUCUGAUGUGGUCGGUCUGGAACUUUUUCUUCCUCAUUGGAUCGCUUCCCAUCAAUUUGGUCUACAUAGGAAUCUUCUUCACCGUGCAGAUGGCCUUCACUCUAGUCUCAGCGGGCUACUUCCUUUUGGCCGACGGACACACCGCCACCGCCAAAGUGGUGAAUAUAACGGGAGGGGCAUUUGCGUUCGCGAGUGGCAUGCUCGGUUAUUACACUGUCGCCAAUUUGAUGUGCUCCGAAGCGCUCAACUUCAGCUUUCCCAUGGGAGACACCAGCCACUUCUUCAGGAAGAAGGAGGCCCUCGGUAACCACCAAACCGGCCAUGACAGCACUACCUCGGACAAGGGUACUGCCUCUCAAAGCAGUUGAGAAGGCUGUACUGGAUAUUCGGACGGAAACUUCAUGAAAUGAUAUAACGAUGAUCUUGAUGGAUACCCAUCUAUACCAAGAAUGAAAAAAAACUAUAUAAGUGAAUAAACGGCAUCUACUGGUC